AUGAGCAUACAGGAGGAAACACCCAGUGCCGAAAAAGCCACAGAUGAAAAAAGGAAAGAUGAAAAAACGAAUGACCAGUCAAAUAACGACGAGGGGGUGAAGGAUUCACCCAGCGAUCAGGAAGAAAAGAAAGAAGACACAAAGGUGGAAAGUAAAGAUGAUGUCAAAGCGGAAAAUAAAAGUGACGUCAUGGAGGAAACUAAGGGUGACGGUAAAGCGGAGAGUAAAGGUGACGUGAAAGCAGAGAGUAAAGAUGCCGCUAAUGAGGAAAGUAAAGACGAGGUUAAAGAGAAAAGUAAGGACGACGCGAAGGCCGCAACCGGCGGGGACGACGUCAUGAACAUGCUGCUGAGCUAUCUGCAGAAGAAUAAGGACGACCCCAAAAUCAUGCAAACCAUGCUGAGCAUGAUGGGCGGGCAGGGAAAAGACGGUGCAGCGGCGCUCAGCCAGAUGAAGUUGCCCAGCAGCAAAGAGAACGAGAAAGAGGCAGGGGACGGAAAAGACGCCUCCGACAAAGCAAGUGCAAAGAAUGGAAAGAACAAAGACGACGAGGCAUCCAAAACUGAUGGUGAUAACAAAAAGAAGGAUGAAAAAGGGGCAGAAAAUAAAAUGCUAAAUCUGUUUGGCAAUAAAACUGAGAAAAGCACUUUUCCUACUUUUGGCUUUUCAAGCGGUUUCAACACGUUUGGAAGUGGGACAAAGGAAGGAUCAUCUACGUCGGGUAGCAUUUUUGGAGAUGGAAAAAAGAAUUUCUUUGCUCAGUUUGGCGAAGAUAAAGGUCGCAGUGAUGGCAGCAGUGUGAACAAGUUUGGCUUUAGCGGAUUCAGUGGGUUUGGUAGUAGUAGUAGUAGUGCGCCCUUUGGUAGUGGGAAGAAGAACGAGGAUGGGUCCUCUGCAAAGGGGGAAACAACACAGAGUAUCUUUGGCAAGGUAACCAGUACAGCAGGUGCUAGUGCAAACAAUGUGAAGGAGGAAGAAGGCACUGGAAAAAGCGACACCGGAGUGAAGAAGAAAUUUGAUAAAUUGGUACAAGAUGAUGAUGAUUAUGUGAUAGAAAAUGCAGAAACGAAGAAGCCACUUGAAGAAGAAGCAAUUUCCAUGAUUGAAAAUAUGAAUAUAAACAAUGAAGACAAUGCAAAGGAAAAGAAAUUAAGUAACUUCGAUUUCAGUAAAGCAUUAAAUAAUAAUAACAAUGAGGAAGUGAAGGAUGUCAAAUUAUAUCGUUCCAGAAACACCUGGGAAGAAUUAAAUAUAGAUAAUGAACUUAUACAGAUUUUAACAUAUUUAAAAUUUUUUACACCUUCUAAAAUACAAGGCCUAGCUCUUCCUUAUAUUUUAAAUAGUAACAGGAAUUUAAUAGCCCAAGCUCAGAAUGGGUCAGGAAAAACACUGACCUUUGUCAUUUCCAUGUUGUCUAAGAUUAACCGAAAUCAAGGGAUCCUACAAGCCAUGUGUAUUUGUCCGACGAGGGAAUUAGCUCAACAGAAUUAUGAAGUGGUUGGAAAAUUCACAAAAUAUUUAACUGUGAAAGUUUUUCUAGCUGUACCCCUCUGUGACAAAUAUAAUAAAAAUGAAGGGUAUCAAAUAUAUGUGGGUACUCCAGGAAAAACAUUAGAUUUAUUAAAAAGAAAAUUUGUGGACACAAAAAGUGUCUCCAUUUUUGUUCUGGACGAAGCUGAUGAUUUAAUUGAUAUAAAAAAUAAUAUGUCUUCCCAAGUGGAAAGUAUUAAAAGAUUUUUACCAAGGCAAUGUCAAAUUCUUCUUUUCUCUGCUACGUAUAAUGAACAGGUACGAACUUUUGCUGACAUAUUCGCUCCUGAUGCUUCUAAAAUAAGUGUACGCCAAGAAGACUUAACUUUAAAAUGUGUAAAGCAAUAUUAUCUUUUAACAGAAAAUGAAGAACAAAAAUAUUACUACCUCUCUGAAUUGUAUUGUUCCAUGAGCAUUUCGCAGUGUGUCAUUUUUGUUAACUCUAAAGUUUCUGCUUAUAAUUUGUACCAGUAUAUGACGGAUCAUGGCCACAACGUUACCCUCAUUUGUGCUGAUAGUGUCAUUAGUAGAUUUACAAAAAAUCAAGUACAAAAGGCAAAUGUCUUAGGCAUGGACCCUAAAACUAGGGAUACCCUUAUGUCUGAUUUUAAGAGUGGAGUCUCCAAGGUUUUAAUUUGCACAGAUUUACUCUCCAGGGGUAUAGACGUACCCACCAUCAGCUUAGUCAUAAAUUUUGAUUUGCCUUACGUUUUUCAAGGACGAAUUUCAGAAAAUCAUGGUAACCAUUUUUACAACAGAAAAGUAAAUAUGGAAACCUACAUUCAUCGUAUUGGACGUACAGGAAGAUUUGGCACCAAAGGAAUGGCCAUUAAUUUUAUAAGCAAAAAUCAACUUGCGCAUAUUAAGCAGAUAGAAGACUUUUACCAGUGUGUCAUUUCAGACUUGGAAGUCGAUUCCGAGCUUAUGAUCACUUCUGCCUCCAAGGCAGCGAACUGA